CGCAGGAACUCCUCUAGCCGCCAGGGGGCGCUCGCAGCAUCCCUGCCUCUGGCCCGCGCAACUCGUGAGGAAUAGAUAUCCCAGAGUUCCGCGCUCCGCCAGCCCUUCCGCCGCGGCAGCCAUUGAGGAGCAGCAGCCAUGGCUCUGCGCUACCCCAUGGCCGUGGGCCUCAACAAGGGCCACAAGGUGACCAAGAACGUGAGCAAGCCGAGGCACAGCCGCCGCCGCGGGCGCCUCACCAAGCACACCAAGUUCGUUCGGGACAUGAUCCGAGAGGUGUGUGGCUUUGCCCCCUAUGAGCGGCGCGCCAUGGAGCUGCUCAAGGUCUCUAAGGACAAGAGGGCCCUGAAAUUCAUCAAGAAAAGGGUGGGGACACACAUUCGCGCCAAGAGGAAGAGAGAGGAGCUGAGCAAUGUCCUUGCAGCCAUGAGGAAGGCAGCAGCCAAGAAGGACUGAACCCCAGCCCCUCCCUGUCUGUGUAAUAAAACUUGUUCAGAAA